UGCGGAUCGGGUGCGUACUCGAAGUAACCAUUCACGGGCACGGUGGUAUAAGUGGUGCGUUCUUCCACAUAAAACGAGCAUUAUGCAGAAUUUAGAUAGCAUCGGUCGAGCGCCGUACGUGAAGGCCACCUCCAGCAAGGGUCAGACGCGAUACAACAGAACAAGUGCAUCACACUGGAAGACGGUGCAGCUGAUCGGCAAAAUUCUGCUGGCUUCUUUUACCUUCCUCGUUUUACUCGUACCGAUUCUGGUCAAUUCCAUUGGUCGAUUGUUUCGAAAACCGGAGAAAAAAAACAUUUCAGGCCAGAUAGUGCUAGUGACCGGUGGUGCGAAUGGACUUGGCAGGGACCUUUGCCUGCAGCUAGCCAGCGCCGGUUGUCACCUAGCGAUCGUGGAUUUAGAUGAAACCAACGGCCAGCAGACGACCGCCGACAUUAGACAGCUGGGAGUGAAAGCGCACUUCUUCAAGGCCGAUGUAUCUUCCUACGAAGCCGUGGUUGCCCUUAGGACAGAGGUGUCCCAGAAGCUUGGACCGGUGGACAUUUUGAUUAACAACGCAGGCGUCCUGCCUGCAAUGUCCCUUCGAGAAGGAACUCCGAACGAUCUGAAGAAAGUGAUCGAUAUCAAUCUUCUGUCACACGUGUGGAUGCUUCGAACAUUUUUGAACGACAUGAUCGAGCGAAAACGUGGUCACAUCGUUGCUAUCGCCUCCAUUGCAUCGUUCAUGCCACUCGAACGAAUGGUUACUUAUGUCGCCUCAAAGUACGGUGUGCGGGGUUUGAUGAAUGCGUUGUCUAACGAGCUCCAGGCAGAUGGGUUGUACGACGUCAUCCAGACCACCACGGUGUAUCCCUGCUUCAUUAAAACGCGCCAAGAGCUGAUGGAAACCUUAGCCCGGAUGGGAAUUAAACACCUCGUACCGAUCAUGGAAUCUCACGCCGUAGCACGUGCAAUCGUUGGAAGUAUUCUGUACAACAAACGAAACGUUUACCUGCCAAAAGGGAUCGGAACCGUCGGAUGGAUCUUUGAAAAUCUUCCGGAUCCGAUAGCACACCUGGUGAAACGAUGCUUCGUAAAAACGCCGGUAGCAAACGUUAUGCAGUGAUAGGCGAGCCCGUUUUUAAUGAUCAGCUAGAGGAGCAGCCGGUACGUGGUUGUAGCGAUCUUUAACAGUGUGAUAAACUUAAACAUGCACUCGUUUUACGGUGUUGUGUACUUAUUGUUAAAGCAAAGUAGCCGUUUUCAAUAAAUGCCUUUUCCAAAA